UAUAUCUAGCUGCAUUUCGCUGUUAACGACCAUAGUCACUCUCGGCUUCAUAAGGAGACGCAGCCCACAUACUAAGCUGCAGAUUGUAUUAAUCGUGGGGGCCUUCAGGUGAAACAGUGGUGAAACACUUGAAGGAAAUUUAUGAAUGGAACCACAAAACGUUGAGGUGCGUACGGAGUGAAACAGGCGAGUAUUCAACCCACUUGGCGUUUGGGCGUUGGGGUGUACGUAGGUUCCAUUGCUUGUCUUGUCAGCUACACCUGGGGAAGAUAAAAAAGCAGAGGGUUGUCAAGAUUGCAACGAAUGUUGGCCUUGCACUAGAGGCUUAUGCCUGCCGUGGGCAAUUGACCUGUGUCCUGAUUAAUACCAAGACAGACGAUAUAGCUAUGGACAAAAUGGAGGAGAUUAUUGAACUGCUGUCUUUUUAAAGCGUUAAUGAAGACUGGACUGAACGGUGAUAAUAUAUUAGACGCAGCGCGAACGUUACGAAUCACGCAAUAGAAGACAGAUAUCAACAGGAGCACAGAAAUGGGUAACGGCGGAUCGGUGGAAUCGUCGAAGAUAAUACAUAUCAAAGUGAACGAUAAACAUGAAAAGAUUGUCUUCGGUCGUAAUUGUAGUUCGCGAGAUCUACGGGAGUUACUCGCUCAUGCAGCUGGAGUGAGCAGGUUAUCAGAGAUCGUCCUCAAGGACCAGAGCGGGGCCUUGGUGACCGUGGCCCCGAGUAUGCCCAAUAAUGACGCACAAACCCCCUACAAUGUGAUCGUGGAGAGAGAGGUACCCCUACCUACAGGCAAUGAAGAAGGUGCAUUCAAGAAUGUUUUAAACCACGUUGCCGAACAGUUCAGCGAGGCACUUAAAGUAGACGAGUUUAGAACGGAGGUGAACAAGAGACUUAAUACAUUGGAAAGUAGGAUUGAAAAAGACAAUCAACGCGGGGUGGAGAUCGAAAAGUGCAGGAAGGACAUUUCCGAUAUUCGGAACCAGAUAUUCGAAGCACAAACAAAAAUUGUCGACUACAACCACAUGAGACCCAACUACUUUCAAGGCAAAUCAACAGAUCGUUUCUAUGCAAGCAGCUCAACAGAUGAACAUAAGAUCGUGAUGAAGAGGGAUAUUCCGAAAUAUCCCAAGUACACUCUAUCAGAGGAGACAGUGGCUUACCUUAAGCAGCCAACGUUUGACAUUUGGCACUGGGAACCAAACGAGAUGUUGAGUUUAUUGGAGCAUAUGUACCACGAGUUGGAUAUUGUUCAUGAGUUCAAUAUAAACCCAGUGAACCUUAAGAGAUGGCUGCUGUGUAUCCAGGAAAACUACAGGAAUAAUCCAUUCCACAAUUUCCGUCACUGCUUCUGUGUCACUCAGAUGAUGUAUGGGAUGAUUCACAUAUGUGAACUAUGGGAAACCCUGACCAAGGAAGACUUGGGUAUCCUGAUAACGGCCUGCAUAUGCCAUGAUUUAGACCACCCGGGCUACAAUAACACCUACCAGAUCAAUGCAAGAACAGACUUGGCGAUACUCUACAACGACAUAUCCCCACUAGAAAACCACCACUGCGCCGUGGCGUUCCAGAUUCUAAACAAUCCAGAGUGCAACAUAUUUGGUAAUGUGGACAAAGACACUUUCAAAAGGAUAAGAGCGAACAUCACAAUGCUGAUUCUUGGCACAGAUAUGGCAAGACACGGAGAAGUCAUGGAUAAGUUCAAGAGGACACUCACUGACUUUGACUAUAACAAUAAGGAACAUUUAGACUUGUUGAAGAUGGUGCUGGUUAAAUGCUGCGACAUAUCAAAUGAAGUCCGCCCAGCAGAAGUUUCCGAACCAUGGGUAGAUUGCCUGCUUGAAGAGUACUUUAAUCAGUCUGACCGGGAAAAAUUGGAGGGAUUGCCAGUGGCCCCGUUUAUGGAUAGGGAGAAGGUGACAAAACCGACCGCCCAGAUUGGCUUCAUUAAGUUCGUGCUUAUUCCUAUGUUUGAGACAGUUGCCAAGCUUUUCCCUAUAGUGGAUACUAUAAUGGUCGAGAAGCUUCGGAUGGCACGAGAUCAUUACGAGGAAAUGAAGCUAAUGGAUGAGGCACUGAAAGAGACGGAUGGUGUCGACUAGGUGGGCAGAUUGCGCAUGCGUACUUGCUUGCCAAUUGGACGCGCCACGGACAACGUGUCUUCUAAUAUACGCCACGCUCUGAGUCACACCAUACAUAAAGAAGGAAGGAAACACGAAGCCUUUGGCAUUGACCUGGUAGUCCGUGACAGCUAGCACGCAUGCGCAAUUCACAGUCUACCAAAAGUCCACAUUCACCGGCUAUUUACGCAUUUUGUUGAAUUUGCGUUGCUCUAGUAUAAAACGUACCAUAUGCCCCGAUGAUCGCAACACUCGCACUGCAGUUGCUACAUGUCACAGAUUACUAGGGCGUGGAUUCAAUGGACAUUGUGUACCGUCUUGUUAAUUUCAUAUAUUGUGCUUUAAAUGGUCUAUAGUAUUUGCACAUGUUUUUUUUGUUGUUGUUGUUGUUGGGGAGGGCGGGGAGAAAACUUGUGAAAUUAUGACGAGAUGUAGCGAAAUUUAAUGCUAUGAACUGCAACUGAAAAGGAUGAAUUCUAAAAGGGGUAGUUGUAUACGGCGUUUAAAACUACAUUUGGGAGCAAGUGACAUUAACAGUAGAACUGUGACCAAUAGGCAUAAUUGUUUUGGUUGAUGACGCUUAGCCUGAAGUAACUCCGGCAGUACUCUCUGGCCACAGGGUCCUUUAGUAGUCUGUUACAAAAUUAUUGUAUCGGGCCAUUCUUUAAUUUUGUGUGCUCUUUGAGAGCCCCCCUAAAACCAGUACCCCUUUGCCGUACCCCCAGUUCCCACCUUUAAAUUGGUCCGUGUUACUAACCAGCGUGCCGAACGCGAGUCUGUUUUGGCUUGGGUUCAUUAUCCUUGGGUUGGUCGCCAUGGGUUCUGCCUGGGUGUCAUACGGGCUUUUCUUAGUUUUUGCUUGACUAAUUCCAACAUGAAUAGAAUUGGAAAUGGGUGGAUGACGUGUCAUUGUUAUGGGGUAUCCAAUGACCGGUAAACGCACAGUCUUAAUAUUAUUGUCAACAUAGAUUUUGUGUAAAAUAUUUCUUGUCAGUACUUACGUGUGCAUCAAAUAGAAAAAUGUAGAUCUUAUGAAAUUGGGAAAGUAAAUACAAUGUUAAAUAUAAAGUGUCUGGUAUCCAAUCAAUAAAGACUAUUGAAAUUUUACAAAUUUUAAAGUCUUCAUAAGUGUAAUGGAUUUUUAUUUGCCAAAGAUUGACAGAGACAGGUUUUUAAUUGAUAAUUAUGUACACGCCUAAAUACUGUGGCAACUCGUUUUGCAGUUUGAUUAUCUAGAUAUUUAAUUUAAUAUUUAGAUUAUCAAGAUGCGUUAUUUAUAUUCGCUAUAUGUGGGGUUGGAUGAAGUUUGAAUCAACAUUGUGUGUCUAUAUUUUUAUAAUACUGCAUCGGUUACAGAAUAAAUGUUUUAUUUUCACCGAGAUUCGUUGUGGU